GUUUAUCUGGCAAAAUACUCAGCUCUAGCCUGGAAAGAACAACUUGCAACAUUUUCCACUUUCCUAGUCAUCAUGGUUUUAUUCCCAGCUGCUGUCAGUGUGUUUUGGAUAAUACGCUCCAGAAGGAUGGGAAGAACAGUACGACUUGGAGAUAUUCUUGAAAUCAUGGGUGAUUUCCUGUAUGAUCCCAGCCUGUUUACCAUGCUGUUCCUUGCUAUUUAUUCCCAAAUCCUUGCCUGGAUGAACAACACAAUUAAAUUAGAAUAUGCAAUUCUGAUUGCAGUAGCUGCUUUAGGAAUAUGUGCCUGCAUCAUGAUCAAGGAUUAUUUUUUAUAUUAUGAAGGAAAGCGCUUGGAGGGAUUUUACUAUUUUGCUCAGAAAAUCCUUUUGGGGAUUUUCUUCAUGCUUCACCUAAUAUUAAAUUUCCUGAACCUAAGUGUGAUUCUAGAAAAUGACAAAGGACGACUUCUAAAGAUCUGCGAGUUUGUGUUCGUCUACUUUCUGACUAUCACAACACUCUUUGUAUUGUUUGAGCGGGACAAUUUACUUGCCAAACCCCGUAAAUAUGUAUAUUUCUCAGGGACUUUUGGUCUCCCUCUUGUGAAUUCUCUUGCCCUGGCUGUAGUAUUAAAACUCAAAGCAGACACAGGAAAACAGCCAUUGGAUCUACGGCUGACUGUCCUGAUUUCUGGGUCUGUCAUCCUGUUUGGCUGGUUUGUUAUAGCGAUGUCUGCAUACUGGUUGGAUAAAAAAGGAAAAAUAAAAAAAUGGCUGGGCCUGAUUGAGAGACUCCAAGAUGCUGAGCUGGAACUGGUAGGUGUCCAAGCAGGGUAA